AUGGACGUAACCUGCAAGCUCCGCCCUCUUGCCGACAAAGACAUCACCGACCUAGGACCGGCCUUUGAAGCCGCCUGGAACAACGACUUCGCCAACACCCCCGACAAGCCCCUCGGCAUGAUCGCCCCCGUAGCCGUUUUCCCCAACAACCCCGACCUCGUUUCCGCAUUCGGCCCGGAUAAACAGUACUUCUCCAUCAGCUGCUUCACCGUCCACCCUUACUCCCGCGGCCACAUCCACAUCACCAGCCCCGAACUGACCUCCCCACCAGACUUCAAAACCGGCUUCUUGACCGACAAAAACAAUCUCGACAUCAAAAUGCACAUCUGGUUGUACAAAACCCAACUCCACCUCAACCAACCCCUCAACGGCAAGGUCAACAACAUCUUCUACACCCCCCAAGACGACGCCAUAAUCGAGCAGCAUAUCCGCCAAAACGUCAGCACGACCUGGCACUCCCUCGGCACAUGCAAAAUUGGGUCGGUAGUGGACGAAAACCUGAAUGUGUACGGCACCACAGGCCUCAAGAUCGCCGAUUUGAGCGUCCUGCCUGGGAAUGUGGCUGCGAAUACGAAUAACAUGGCUAUGGCGGUGGGGGAGAAGGCGGCGGGUGUUAUUAUUGGGGAGCUUGGUCUUGGUCUUUAG